GAAAAACAAUCAAAAAAACAAUUAAAACGCAGUAUUGGUUUUAAUCAUUCUAAUCGUUCAACCUCUCCUCGUCAAACAGCGUCAAUUGACGUUGCUGAAGUAUUGGCUACUACAGUUUCUUUUGUUAGAGAGAAUAAUAAAAAACUUGAUAGGCUGUCUGACGAGGUCAGAAGUGACGGUCAAAGUAGUGAUAACGAUAUGGACUCUGUUAUGAGCGAUGAUAGUAUGGAAUCUUGGCAAUUUUCAAAUAAUAAUAAUAGAGAAAUUGAAAAUGAGAUUGCUGUAUUAGGUGUUCAAUUGAAUGAUAUGGAAUUGAAAUAUAAGGACCAAAUUCGGGGAAAAAAUAAGUUAAUAGAAGAACUUGAAAGUGCUUGGAAAAAAAGUGAAAAAGAUGUAAGAAAAAAGGAUAAUAAGAUUGAACGUUUAGAAAAUCAACUUGAGGCUUCAAGAAGGGCUAUAGCAGAAUUGGUCGAACAACAACAACAACGGGAGAAUGAAAGUUAUAAUUCUCGUUUAUCUCCUGAUCCUGAACAAGCUGAAACUCAGAGGCUUUUGGAACAAGAAUUGGAAGAGAAAGACAAAUUAAUUGAUGAGUUAAACAAAAAGAUUCAAAUUUCAAAUAAUAAGAAAGCUAUUGAGUUAAAAGAGAAAGAAGAGAAAGAUAAGAAACUUGAAACAAUUUCAAAUCAGCUUUUGAAAUAUAAAACACUUGAAAAUGAAUGGUAUAAUAAACAAAUGACACUUGAUUCUUUAACUAGUCAAUUAGAAGUUCUCAAAAAACGUGAGCUGAUGAGAAAAAACUUAUAG